UAGCCACAGUAAAGGUUAACGUUGGACAGAUACAGAUUAGCCUGCAAAGUUGUACAAUACAUCCCGCUGACAAAAGGUACAAGACCAUAAUUAGGGCUUAUGUUUUGUAUGGAUUGCCAGAGUAAUUAAAUGGACUGGGACGUGACAUACUGUGUCUGGAAGCUGCUAAGUGUUGUUGUUUGUGCAUUACAGAUAAGAAGUGUAAACAUGGCUCCACUGCAAAUGGUUACUGUACUGUUGCUUUUGGCUGUUUCAGUAUCAGAGACAUCCACAACCAGGAUCAUCGGGGGUCAGGAGGUCCUGCCUUUCUCGAUCAAGUAUCAGGCGUCUCUGCAGUCCGGCAAGGAUCACUACUGUGGAGGAACAUUAGUGCACCCUCAGUGGGUGGUGUCUGCUGCCCACUGCUGGAUACCGAGCAGCAUAAUGAAGGUGGUGUUAAGUGAGCACAACCUGGAGAAAGAAGAAGGCUAUGAACAGGUCUUUAACGUCUCAAAGAUAUUUGUCCACAACUUUAACUACAAGACAUUCAACAAUGACAUCAUGCUCAUCAAGCUGAGCGAGCCGGCGCUGCUGAACGCCAACGUCCAGCCGGCCGCUCUGCCCGAUGACAGCACGCCUCCACUUUUUUAUGACACCUGCACAGUGAGCGGCUGGGGUGUGACACAGAUUUACAGUUCCUACCUGUCCCCUGUGCUACGUGCUGUGGAUGUGAAAAUAAUCCCUUACUGCAGUUAUUACUACUGGGGGAUGAUCACCUCAAACAUGCUGUGUGCUGGAUCUCCGAUGGGUGGCAAAGAUUCCUGCCAGGGUGAUUCUGGUGGUCCACUUAUCUGCAAUAACUACCUCGAGGGCAUCGUCUCCUGGGGCAUCAGCUGCGCAAGCCCAUACUUCCCUGGAGUCUACACCAGAGUGAGGAGCUACGUCAGCUGGAUCAACUGGAUUAUCAACAAUAACGCACCAUGAACAGUCGCCACAUUCCUCGAUCACCAGCCAAUUCACUACAUUAUUUUCAGUGGCCUUUUUUAAUAAUUACUCACAACUUUCUUUGUAUAUUUUAUAGUAAUAUAUGUCAACUUUACACACUAAGCUUAUUGCAGUUCAUAACGGUGGGGUAUAUAGAGUAUAUAGAGUACUCCAAAAUUAUGACGGUUAUCUGUCAUUUCUAGAUGUAAGGUUUCCUGGAAAUGUGUUAAUUUGCUCAAAAUUCAUUGAUUUUCAUUCAUUCAUUGUUCUGAAAUGAGAUACAGCAAUAAAUCCAUUCUUAGUAUUUUGAUUAUUAUUAGUAGCACGUGUUUUUACGUAACUGUAUUUAGCUCAGAGACCAACCUGACAAACCAGCCUACCACCAGUUCCCUUCAGCUCCACAGACUGUUGUUUGUCACUAUGACACUGUGCCUUUCACAUUACAUUUAGUCAUCUAAUAUAAUGGGAACAUGAAAAUACUGACUGAAUAUUACAGCACAG